CUCGCGGCCAAAAGUAGACAGGGGAGGGAAGAACCCAAGCAAACCGUAUAACAAAUUAACCGAGUCGCAGUUUCAAAAUUCCCCUUACAGCAAAACGUUCAUGCGACGGGUUGAUGUUUCGUUAUCGGCUAUCGCAGUCGAGCAAACUUGCUUCUAACCGCGUAAUUUCUUUUCAAGGGUCUGUUGUUUGUAUUCGCGAUUAUUACUAUGUGGCACGUUUUUAUCAAUGAUUGUUUCGCCGGCGUAUUGAUGAUUUGUUCGCGCCGUUGGCUCACGUGGAAUGCUAGUUUCGAUUUGUGACUCUGGAAUGAUCCGAAGACUUGAAAAAUCGGGAAACAAUGAAGUACAAUACGAUCGGAUCGAGCAGCCUAGGCACAGAAGGAAGAAAACCUACUUUUACCAUUUACGCGAACAUGGAUAUAUCGCAGAACAAGAUCGCUUACACUGAAUCCGAAAUGAAGGCAGUUCGCGAAGACCUCAAGAAAGCGCAGAAUUGCCUCCACAUACAAACGAAAAUGUGCCGUCAGUUGGUGGCCGAAUACACCAGGAAACUGCAAGACAAAGAACGCCUCUUCCAAACCGAGAAAGCGCUGCGCGAUACGCAAUUGGCCAAAGUACUGAAAGCGCUGUUGAUCUUCGAAGCCCGGCUUAAGCAGGAACAGAAAUUCAUCAGUCAUCAGCUGAGCGAGAAAGAUUACAUCAUCAAAACUCAGAGGAACGACAUUAAGACACUGCUACAAAGUCAGUAUUGUAAAAACUGCAAUCAGUAUUACACCCCUAGUCCUGCUCUGGAAAGUUUGGAUAGUAGUUCCGAAUACGUAGCCAUAGAACACGAUUAUCAGAGUUCGGCAUUUGAAUCUUUAGAUAGUAGCAGCGAAACUUAUGCCACUUUAUCUGACAGGGGGUAUAACAAGAACAUUUUGGAUGACAAGAAAUACACGAAAAAUAAGAAAAACAAUCCGCUCCAUCCAUAUUUUGAAGUUCAAAAAGUUAGGAACGAAAGUCCUUUGUCAAACGAGGAUAAUACUAGCGCCGAUUAUGACAAUUUAGACUCUCUACCACCAGAAAGCAUCAGCGACAAAAUUAGCAUUGUAUCCGAAAACAUUGAAUCGAUUUUGAGCAAGAAUGCGAGCACCGACUCUGAGUCAAGUUUCAAUUUGUCGUCGUCUGAAUGCGACAAAACGGUUAUCAAUGCAAGAUUUGAUGAAAAAGAGACGCCAAGACUCGAACAUAAUCAGUCAAAUGACAAGACUGGAGAAACACCUGCGAAUGAAGAAAAAAAACUGACUGAAACAAUACCUGUCUUUGAGGGAGGAGGUGAUGGAAAUGAAAACUGGUACGCAAGUGCCAGCGAUCAGGAAGAUGAAGAGCAGCGAGAUGUAUAUAGAAAUAAUCCAGUUCUGGAAUGCGUCAAUCAAAUAUUAUUACAAAACAUUAACGAUUCGCUAAGUUCUCCACCGAAAACACCUAACAUUGAACGAAAGUCUGUAAAAAAUAAUAAAAGAGUGAAAUUUAGUGACGAGGAGGAAAAAAUCCUUACGGAAGAAAAUAUAAAAAAUAGCCAACAUAGUCACAACUACUACGAGACGCCUAUUCAGAAACCUCCGAACUACUACGAAACUCCCCAAAGUAUAUACAGUAACGACUAUGAACAAAUAAUGAGCCAGUGUUCCGAUUCAUUUUCCGAACAAGUUCAUCAAGAACAACUUGGUAAUGUUUCUCUGGAUACAAAAAUAAGCCACUAUUAUGUGGAAUUGGAAGGUCAAUGUGAGAAAGAUCGACAAGAGGAUAAAGCAAUAGUUCGCAAAGCUAAAAUUCUCAGAACACCCCCUGCCUUACCUCCAAAACCAGCAAAUUUGGUAUCUAAGUACAAAAUCCAACAUUUACCCAAGAAGUUACCUGCUGAGAAGAAUACUGCAUUUGAAUACGAACCAGACUACUGUUCAAUUUCGGAACUUAAUCUUCCUCAAAAGAAGAACAUUUCCGUCAAAAAAAUUAGCGUGGUUGCAGAGAUCAACGCGCCAACCUCGCUCGAUGUAAUGGCGAAAAUCAAUGCGCCUUCGCCAGUCGGCAAGAAAGUCGAUUUGGCCAACUUCAAUGAUAGUCCGAGUUUGGUGGUUAAAAAGUGUGUGCAGAAAUUCAACAUUCAAGUCGCUAAACAGUCACCAGUAAAAAAAGAGACCGGUACCGCUCCUAAGGUCAUUCAAAAAAAGCAGGACACUGAAAUUCCAAAACUACCGCAAGUAUCGGAAAUAAUCAUACCAGAUGAAAGUGAGGACCAAAAAAGUGAAGAACGAAUUUCCCAGGACAAUUACGUUAAAAACAAUACCCAAAUUUUGAAAUCUAAGGCACGAGAAAGUAGAAAACCUAUACUGAUGGGUACCUCUAUCUCCAACUUAAUCAGUGGCUUAAAUAGUCACCAGAUUUUAUCGGACAUCAAAAAGAAACCUGGUAAAAUAGACAAAAAAAUGUUUGCCAGUUUUGAAAAUGUGCAAAAUUUGGACAAACAUUUUUCUACUCUACCAGAUACGCCGGACACACCAAAAUUUGAAAAUUUCGAUUUAAGUCAAAAUUUUGAGGAGUUUAAAUUAGACGAUUGCGAAAUUGAAGAGUAUAAUGUUGAGGAGGGGCUGAAUGAAAAGGAAACGGAGGAGUUGAAAAGUGUAGAAGGGCAGGUCACCUCCAAAAGGGUAACAUCUGGCCCCAACAACGAUGCUUCGACCAGAGUGAAGCUUGUUCGCGCCACCCCCGACAAUCUUGUGCCUCCUCUGAACAUGAGUUCAGUAGAGGAAUUAAAGAAACAAUUAGAAAUUCACAGAGGGCAAGCUUUACCAGUCGCCAAACAGAAAACAAAGGGAUACAAUUCGGAACCCACUUACGAGCAUUUCUUGGAAUGUACUGGUUUGAGUUCGAAAUCUAUACUUACCCCUACUAGAAUGUUGAGUAAUCACAAGAGUGUACUGAAACCCAAAGAUGUUAAGUUAAGAUCCAGAGUAAAGGCUAAUAACAUUUUUGAAAGAUAUAGUGGUACAACAGUGAAGUACUGGUCUGAACCAUUUGUAUAAUCUAUUAUAGUAGGUACAUUUUUCUGUAAGGAUUCCCAGGUCUCCAAUAGCCAAGUAAUAAAAAAUAAGGAAUUAAAAAAAAUCUUGUUUUAAAAUUAAGUUGCCACCAAAAUUACACAAUAUGUUAAUAAGUUGGGUUGUCGAGUUCCCAGAUAAAAUAGACAUAAUAUUGAGUUAUUAUAUUUUUGCACAUUUUUGAAACUGUAUUUCAUUUUCUAGAUAACAUUUUAAUUUACUUCUUAAGGUCAACUUAAUCGCUGUUAUUAUAACAUAAUCUAUGCGAAAAAUGUUAUUUUGUCGGAGAAAACUUACAUAGAAUUCGAGUCACUUUUCUUGUAAUGCGUUCGUGUUUUAGUGUAUUUAAUUUUAAAUUUAUAUCGUCUAGUCUUUUUGCUAGAUCUUUUUAUUUAUUUUGUUUAGCUUGAUUUACCUGUAAUAAUUUGGAAAAGUCUAUUUAAGUUCCUGUAGCUUUAGUUAACAGAAAUUUUGUUUUGUUUCCAUUGUAAAACUAUAAACAAUAACAAUAUUCACUCCCGUUUAUAAUGUCUUAUUAACACGUUAGGAACCUACAUAAUAGUUGUUAUGCCUGUUAAAUAAUUUUUAACCUAGUUUAAAUGUUUGUUUGUAA